GUUGUAGCCCUUUGUAUAAUAACACGGGUUAUUAUGUGGUACAGAUCUACAAUGUUGCUUGCUAGGAACGCUAAACGUAAGAAUUUAUUUUAUAAACAGCAUAGGCGCUAUGGGAUCCACAGCACAAAAUACUGAGAGCCGGAGCUCGUGGGGGCCUGAUUUGCGACGGACCGUUUUAACCGAUGCUUUGCCGAACCAAGGCGCCUGCACCAUCGCAUGAUUUAGUGAGAACAACAGCAUUUGUAUUAGCAGCUUAUCAGCAUUAGCGCCUGCUGCUCCGUUUGCCCCCCGCCCCCCGGGGUGGGUGUGCGUUGUCGACGCUGCUACUGUCUCUUUAAAUUUACCCAGGAGCCCCUUAAGGAGCCCCAGGGGCCCCUAGUCCGGCUCCCCACCCUGAAGACAAGCAAGAUCCUUAAAAUACAUUACUGGAGGCCUAUGCCGAGGCGCUUCCACACACAGCAGGACGGAGGAGCGGGUUAUUCGCCAGCGGAGUACAUGAUUGUGUGAUUCUAUGAAAAGUUAACUUGGCUCCCGUGCGGGGCGCGUGGGGGGACAUCGUAGAGCACGGGCUCCUCUGCGAUGGGCUCGUUAUAGAGCGCCUGCCAGAUGCGUGUCGAACGGUGCCGAGCGGUGUGGACAUGUUACUGUUAUAACAUGUUGUUGUUUGAGUGACAUGUCCCGCUUCAGCGCGACGAUCCAGUGAAGAAAGGAGAGACACUAGCCACUAUUAAAGCAGCAGCCAGGCCAGUGAUGGAAGAGAAAGAAACGGGGGAAAGCGAGCCGGUGGACCUCCGGUGUGCCGAGCAGGCUGAGCUGCUCUCAUUAAUAAUAAGCGGAGAGGAGGAAGCGACGCAAGAGGAGAGUGACUUGGGAGAAGAGGACGGUCUUGCCAAUGGCCAUGGUGAGGAGGAAUCAGAGGCUGGCAUGGUCACACCUGUCAGGUCUCCAGGCACCAGCUACUGGAGCAUCACAGAGGGCCCAGACCACCCGCUCCUCCUCUCCCCAGCCCCCGGGCCCUCUGGACGUAAACCCCGGGUCCAGAGGGCUUCACGUCCUGGUCUGAGCCGAAUUCCGGGCCGCGACCACCGCCGCUACUACCACGAGUAUUGGCGCAGUGAGUACCUGAUGGACUUUGACCCCCAGCGGCACGGGAUGAUCUGCAUGGUGUGCGGCAGUUCGCUAGCUACCCUGAAACUCAGCACCAUUAAGAGGCACAUCCGACAGAAGCAUCCCGACUCCCUGCUGUGGAGCGCUGCAGACAAGGAGGUCAUCCGCUCAGGGUGGGAGAGCCACCUGAGUCUGGGGGGAGGUCAAAGGUCAUACAGCUCCACUGCCAGACCUUCACCUCAGGAAGAAGAGGAGCGGCUGGACUCAGACCAACAUGCUGCUGAACCCCCGUACCCUGUGACGCCCCAGGAGCAACAACAACAGCCUCUCAGCCUGUCUCCCCACUCUGAGGAGGGUGAAGCCCCCCAGCCCAAAGAUGAGGAUCAGGACCCCCCUGGACCGUCAGCUCAGACCCUAGAACGUUAUCUGAACGACUCGCUGCACGCCUGGUUCCGCCAGGAGUUUCUGAUGGAGUAUGAGGCUGAGGCUGGCCGGCUGCUGUGCAUGGUGUGUGGAGGAGAACUGCCCUCACUUCACCUGGACCACAUCAAGAGUCAUGUGCUGGACACCCACCCCAACUCCUUGGUUUACAGCUCAGAAGAGAAGCACUGCAUCCUACAGGCCUGGGCUCAGACACAUGAAGAGCCAGAAAACUCAAUCAAAUCAGAGCCAAACACCAAAGAAGCCGGGAUGGACCUCUUUGCUCAGGAUGUGGAGACCAUCCAGCUCAACACUGACUUGUACCCAGAAGGUGAUGGCACUUUAACUCAGGACACUUGUCUUAUCGGUGAGGAUGGAGGUGUUGGAGCUCCGCAACAGGGACCCCAGCCCCUCCGCCAGCCCAGGAAGAGGCGACUGCGCGGGGGUGACCCGUGGAGGCUCCGCCUAGACUACCUGGUGGCCUAUGGGCCUCAGGGCCAGGGCACAUACUGCAUGGUGUGUUCUCAGGUCCUGCAUGAAUCCAAGGUCAGCAGCUUCCGCCGCCACAUCCAGGAAUGUCACCCCGAGACCACAACCCUGAGCCGACAAGAAAGGGAAGCCAUGGCUGCCGCCUGGACCAAAGAUUAUUCAAGCGAAGGCACACAAAUUCAAGAUGAAGUCCACCUGAGCAGAGCUGAUAUCCUAAACACCACAGGAAAGACGAACGAGGACGCUUCCCCUGAUGUCAGAGCACCCAGCAAGAUAGUGAAGAAGGACGAGAGUGGGAGCGGAUUUAAGGGUAAAGCGAGGGACGGCGGCGCUGCAGCUACACCCUCUCGUCAUGGCCAUUACCCCGGGAAGGAUCAGAGGAGGAACUACCAGGUGCGCUGGCGGAUGGAGUACCUGAUGGAUUAUGACUGCCGCAGACACGGACUCAUCUGCAUGGUGUGUGGAGCCACUCUGGCCACACUGAAGGUCAGCACCAUAAAGAGGCACAUCCAGCAGGUCCAUCCCCACUCCCUGGACUACAGCCCGGAGGAGAAGCAGCAGGCCCUGUUGAGCUACAAUCAGACCGCCCUGCACUUCAUCCACUCUGAUGACUGCUUCUCCUCCCAGGACCACGGGCACACCGAGCUGGCUCCCACUCCGGCACACUUUGGCACUUAAAAAAGGCUUCCGUCCGUUGCUCCUCACAUGGCCCCUGUUCAAAAACAGCCCUGUACCUUCUUUUCUUGAAGGCAAAUUCAAGUAUUUGUCAAACAGGGUCUUAUUUUCUUAAUCCCUGCUCUGAGUGUCCUCUGACUUUAUUCUUGCCGCAGUCCAAAUUUCCCAAAUCUCUGCAUUGCAGCUGCUGAGGAAAAUGUUAUCAUGACCAGCAGUCACAAUGGUCAAAAAAUGAGAAUAAGACCCAGGUUUACAAAUACUGGAAUUUAUACUGGAACCCCCUUUAGGUCUGGACCUGAGUACUGCUGUGAUGUAAGUGGCAGGUAGCAAGCGCCAGUGUCACAACGUGAAAGUGUCAUGUCCUAAAAAAUGAAGGUCCAGCCACUCAUUUGAAACUAAUGAGUGCCUUAUCUGCACAGGAUCCGUGUCACCCAGGUUUAGGUUUAGAUUUAGGAAAUGACCCCGGUGAGUGCAUGUCUGUAUGGAUCCACAAAAUCUGUGUCUUAGAUUUACCUCCAUUUAAAUUUUUUUUAUAAGACCAGAUCAAAUCAGCAUUUGUGACAGUGAAAUAUGGGAGCCAUUGUGGCUGGCUAGUGACUAGCUGACUAGCACCAUAAGUAGUAACUUGACCAGUCAAUCAGUUUCAGUGGAAUGGACGUUAGCAUUCACAUUUUUAUCAUGGACCAGUAGUCACCAUUAGCUAUCAUGACGCUGCUGUCCUGUGAGAGAGGGAGGGGAAGCUCAUUUGGUGUGUUGCACCAUGUAUAAAACUCUCUUCCACAGAGACAAUGGUGGAGUCCUGAAACAGGAGUCAGUGUAGCCAGUGUAGGUCAGCUGACAAGCCAACAGGCUAACAGCUAACAUGUUCCCAGUUACCUGAUGUGAAACCAGUGCUGCAGUUAGUCGCUACUAAGUCGCCAUGUCACCAAGCCUUUAGUGCUACGUAUUUUGUGAAGUCACACGAAUUGAAUUUAGCUUUCACACUUUCUUGUUCAGGCCAGCCACUUAUAUUUGUUUUUUUUUUUAACUCGUAAAGGACAGAUAUGUUGUCGUGGUAUAUGAUAACUCUCAGGUCCAGGAGGGGGUCCCAGGGCUUGUUUCUGGGCGGAGCCAGAGUCUUUAUGCUCUCAGGAAGUUUGAACCAGUGUCUUCGACGAGGCCAAGGUGAAUUAGUUUAACGAUAAUGUGUCUGAAGACAACACAGCACUUUGUUCCCAAAAAUGUACUAAACCCCAGCUUUCCCUCUGUACAGCCAGUUCAAUGAGACUGUGUUUGAUGUUAUUGCUGAAGACAAUGAAUGCCAGCGUGCAGUCAGUGAGUUCAGAGUUCUCUAAUCUAUUUAAUUCCUUGUUUACAGCGGAGGAGAAGGACGCCUCCUCCCUCAUCCAUUAUAAUGAGAUAUGUUAUCUCUGUCAGUCUGCAUUGUUGCUACACCGACCUGCAUUCUGUUCAUCAUCUACAACUCAUUUUACUUGGAACUGCACAAAAAGAAUAUGUAAAUAUAUGAAAAAAAUAGAAUUAUUUUUUCCUUUAUACAAGCACUUUUAUGCACCCUGGUUUCUACAAAAUGUGUUUGUAAUUAUGUCCAGUUUUUCUACUUCAUUGAAGAGCAUUGAAGGCAACCUUUAACGCCCGGACAGUGGCUUGUUGGACUUUGCUUUGAAAAGUUCACUCAAGUUUUGAUACCGUUUCAUUUCUGUAUUCACUGUAACAAAUAAAAAAUAAUAGUGUAUGCAACAAAACAAGAUGAAGAAAAACUUAAAAGCUGUCUGAAAGAAAAGUCAGCCAUAAAAUGUCACUUCUUCUUCACCUGGAAAAUGUAACUCAGGGAUUCUGUUGUCAUCAAAAACCAAUUCAUCAGUGAUCUUUUAGGAACACGCAGGCUGUUGACGUUUGAAGAUUCUGGGUACAUGUGUCAGCUCUGGUUGUGUCGGUGUUGCUAUACAACAGAGUAUUAGGGACACUGCUAAUUCAUAAAACAAACAUUUUGAAAAUUAAGUGGAAAUAUUAAGUAAUAAUGUUAGCAUAAUUGAGUUGUAAUUUGGAAGACAAAAAAGCAUGAGGAGAAAAAGUCAUUGUGCCAUGAUUAAAAACUGAACGUUAUGAGGGCAAAAUGGUUAUAUUUUGAGAAAAAAGUUUGGAGAACAAAAAAAAGCUGUCAUAAUAUCAUAGGUGUAAUUUUCUGAAAUAUGUAUUGGACUGUCAGAAAAACUAAAACAUGUUUUCAUUAACAAAAUCUCCACUUUUUCUCGAUGGUGUCCGUAUCGCUCUGUUGUAUAUUGAUAGGAUUCGCUCAGUUGAAGCUUUUGACACCAGACUGACGUUGCGGUUAAAGACAAGCCUGCCUAAUCAAAGUCUCCCUGCCACACUGUGACAGCAGAGACGCAGUGUCAGAUCUGAUUGGUCCACUUUGCCUAAGAAUAAGCCUCCAUCACUCGACAAGAGCUCUGACAUAGCACUUAAUUAUUUAAAAUGAAGUUACAAUGAAUCGAAUGAUGAAACAAUUGUUGAAAUGAGAUAUGAUGCAUUUUGCUUGUGUGUGUGUGUGUGUGUAUGUUCAGACUGUGUAUGUGUAUGGGGAGAGAUUUAUUUGGCUCCUCAUUUCUCUUCACUCUCACCUUUCAUUUGUACAUGCCGACAUGUGAGAUAAGCAUCCUCUCCUCAAUGAUCUUUGAAUAAAUACUAAACACC